AUGGUGAACGGGACGUCGUGCAAGCGCGGCCUUGCCGCCGUCGCCGCCCUCCCGGACGAGCUCUUCCAAUGGGAGAUCCUCGCCCGCCUGCCGGCCAAGGAGCUCCUCCGCUGCCGCUUGGUCUGCCGCUCCUGGUGCCGUCUGGCCUCCGACGCCCACCACCGCCGCCAGCCGUCGCUCCCGCUGGUCUUCUUCCGUACCAAGGGCAAUGAGUACACCGCCCACGCCGCGGUCGAUGCCCUGGACAUCCGGCGAACCCCCGCCGCGCGCCGGCCCGUCCUCGCGUACGUAGACUACAACUACUCUCGCCGUAACUUCACCUUGCACGCCUCCUGCGACGGCCUCAUCCUCAUAUCUUACUCCAACCACCGCUUCUACCUCUGCAAUCCAGCCACGCGUCAGUGGUGCGCGCUACCGGAUCUGACCGGCGGCAAUGUCGCCGCCCUGUACCCUCACCACCCGUCCGGCGAGUACCGCAUCCUCUACUGGAAGCGCCCAAACAACAGCGACGACAAUGUUGUCUACUACUACGUCCUCACCGUGGGGAAAAAAGAGAGAUGUGUCGGUCUGCCGGUGGCCUCGUCGUCUAUAAAGAAGGACAGGUCAUGCUGGCAUCUUCAUGCCUGCCACCACCCGCCUGUCCUGCUACAUGACUGCCUGCACUGGUACACUGUCAACGCCUUUGACGGCGAGAUCAUAAUUUUUGAUACACUGGCUGAAUCAUUCAGGUGGAUCCAAUCUCCCACAGCCUGCAGCUCAGCACAACUGCUGCAGAUGGAUGGUACACUCGGCAUCGGCCAGAUAGAUGUCGGUACCAUGACCGUAAAAGCAUGGGUGUUGCAGGACUACAAGGUGGAGGUAUGGUCAUCAAAGUGCACAACUGAAUUGCCAGAGGAAUAUGUUGUACACGGAAAGGUUCUGUCUGAGAAUGGAGAUGUGCUUGUAAACAAUCGUUGCUUCUACAACAGCAAGGGCGAGCUGCUGGAGAAACUCCCAUGGCAGAGCGUCCGUCCGAGGAUUCUUGGACUCUAUCACAAAGAGAGCCUAGUCAGGCAUGUCUUCUUCCGGAGGAAAGAAAAUGGCAGCCGUGUGAGGCUUCCACGGUUUUUCCGAGGACUACAGGGGAACAUUAAUUAA